UGGUCACAACACCUCAGACAAACCUCGAACCAUGUUGUUCGCAAAGCACUCUGUAGUUGUGGCCCUGAUCCUCGUCCAGCUGGUGGGCUUGAUUCAAAGCGGAUCCUACAACAAUGAGGACACGUGGGUCUACAUUUAUCCGGCCAUGGACUUUCCCAACAAGGCUGUAGUCGGAGGUCUCGAUUCGGAUGGUUACUACAACUAUGUGGGCCGUUCAGUCUACAGCAGCAGCAUCCUUCCUGCCCGAGUGGUUCCCGAGCUGAAAAAGGCCACCUACAACUCGGACACCGUCUCGUACCAGACCACCUCCCUUGAGGUGCUCGUGUCCAAUUAUACCGUCAGCUACCACUGGCAGCGCAGCUUUGACGGCUUCCUGGAGAAAAACGCCGUGUCCGUGGGAACCAAUUCCAACAACGACAACGUCUACAUCUGCCGCUUCCGGGCAGACCAGGGUCUCCUCAUGGGCACUCUGUACCUGGCCAACCGUACCUGCAUCGUGAAGUACGGCGAGAUGCCACUGAGGAAGCAAGAAAAAUACGAGAUAUUGGUUAGGGAACGCAAAGCUGCUGAUUUUAUGCCGUUUUGAGUGCAAAACGAAGCAGAAACAAUUUAAAUAAAUUUGAUUAAAUGCAAAUAAAA